GGAAAUAAUUGUUCCAUUUCAGCAUCAUAUGACUUUUGAAAAAAAUAACAUAUUCUUACCUCAGUGAAGUAGCCUUGAAUGACAGCUUCUUAAAGAAGAGUUUGCGAAAUGUAUGUAUCAGUUUUUAAGGCAGCUGUAAAAGAGGACAUGCAAAAAUUUAAAACUGCAGUGAAAACUAUGGGACCAGCAAAACUUGAAAUACCUUCCCCAAAGGAUUUCCUGAAGAAACAUUCAAAGGAAAAAACUCUACCACCCACAGAAAAAAAGUUUGAUCGAAAUGAGCCCAGAAAGCCUCCUGUGCCUUUGAGGACUGACCAUCCAGUCAUGGGAAUACAGUGUGAAAAAAAUUUUAUAAAUACAAAUGCAGCCGAUGUCAUUAUGGCAGUGGCUAAAAAGCCUAAACCAGUUUAUGUUGACAGAAGAACUGGAGACAAGCAUGACCUUGAAACUUCAGGACUGGUUCCGAAGUACAUCAAUAAAAAGGAUUAUGGUGUCACGCCUGAAUAUAUAUGUAAGCGAAAUAAGGAAGCGAAGAAAGCCCAGGAGGAGUAUGAUAACUAUAUCCAAGAAAACCUUAGGAAAGGAGCGAUUAAAAGGGUAUCUGAUGAAGAAAGGGAGGCAGUUCUGCAAGGGCUGAAAAAGAAAUGGGAAGAGGUGCACAAAGAAUUCCAGUCCCUCUCGGUCUUCAUCGACUCCAUAUCAAAGAAGAUCCACAAGCAGAAGCUGGAAGAAGAAAUGAAGCAACUGGAACAUGACAUUGGUGUCUUUGAAAAGCACAAAAUCAUUUAUAUUGCUAAUAAGUAAUAGUGGAUUUUUUAAAAACAUAGUCAUUUCAACGUAGAAAAAACACAGAAAAAAAUGAAACCAUAAGUUUCCAAAGCGGAAAAUGCUAUGGGGAGUAUGAAAAUAGUCUUUACUGAAAUGGCUUAGGCAAAGUUUAAAGAAUAAAUGGAUUAUUUACUAACAGAGAAAAAAAAUUUUUUUUUACCAGUGUCUGGGUUUCCAUGUGUAACCCAGUUAAAGUUUGAUGUUAGGUAUUCCAGCUCUAUAGCAUAAUUAAUUGUUACUGUGUACUUAUUUCAGAUAAACACUAAUUUCUAGGCCCUGAAAAAGUCAAUACUCAGAAAUUCACAUUUCUUUCUACACUGAAUAAUACAAUAAACAUAACAUUCAAAACUAACAUUUUGAAUGAGAAAUAGUGCUGUAAGCUUUUUUACUACUUCUGAAGUGUUUUCUGCAUAUUGUCUCAGAGAGCUACAAAUCACGUAUAUUCUCUGGUGGCCUGUGUCAUUUUCAGCUAUUUACACCUAUAAAUAUUUUCAAUAUCCAUAAUGUUAUAUAGGCUGAGAGGCUUACAUUUGGAAGAAGAAAAAUUAAGAAGCUAACAUAAAGUCAAGGAGACAGCUUAGCAAAUGCAUUCAUUGAGGAUAAAGAGAAGAGCUUCUUUCCUGACAUCAAGCUUUUAAAAACUUGGCUACUCUCGGUGCCUUAUUCCAUAAUUUAUUAUAUGUAUUUCACUAAAAUAGGAUCUUACUUUUCCUUUUUGGUUUUCUCUAUUUUGUGAAUUCUGAUGUUUCUAUUUUUAAUGUUACAUAAUUUCUUAAGCAGUAAGUUUAUGCAAGUAGAGCUGUCUUCAACCCAAAAUAAAUAAACCUAUAAGUAUCCAAGAAGGAAAAGAUUCUCUUGUGAAAUUUUUAGAGAAACUUGGUAAAAUAUAUGAAACUAUAAAAUAUCAGAGCAAUACUGUAUAUAAGAAAUUCUCACUUAUCCAGAAUGGUUGGUUGCUACUGAGGGAAGAUGAAGAGCUGUAACAAGAAACCCCAAAAUGUCUGUUUACUAAAGCACACUAGAAACUCAGUUCUGGCUCCCAUAGCAGGACUGUGCUGUGAAGAGACCCACAGGAUCCCUAUUCCACUCAGUCACUCAGGGCCCCAGACUCCAGGGUUGGGUAAGCUCCCUUCUCUGCAGAGUUGAGGGGUGGCAUGGCCAGGCCUAGACAGGUGCACAUCAUUUCCACUUGCAUUUUCUAAGUAACACUAGUUGCUUUAACAAACUACCUCCAAAUUUUAGUUGUCUGAUUAAAAAAAAGAUAAAUUUCCCAUCUAUAUUACAUGCACUGUGAAUGAGGGUGGGAGUGUACGCUCUUCCAUGCUGUCACUCAGGGACUUCGUCUCCUUCUAUCCAGUGGCUCUGCUGGUACAGCCAGCCUCCUCUGCCACAAUUAAGGAUAAAUGUUUAAGUUAGUGUUUUCUUUCUAAGAUAAUUCCCACACAUACUAAGUUUUAAAUAAUUCAAAAUCAGUAGCAAUGCAAAAAAUAUUCUAAUUGCUUCAGCCUUACAGCGGUUAUGUUUUGGAGUCAUGAACGAGAAUUGCCUUAAAUGUUAAAAUGAUAACUUUGUGUUUUUAACAGAUGGUUUUUCUCUUGCUUUCUGUAAAUGUCUACUAAAGAGUAUAGACUUUUCUUCAUGGCCCACAAUGCUGUAGUAGAUAGACUUACUGUCUUUCUCACUCACAGGCUUCCUAGGGAAACUUUCCAUCCAUUCUUCCUGGGAAGGUUCUCCCUACCCUGGGAUCCCAACCUUGAAAACCUCCAGUGCAGCGUACCCCCCAUACACACACACACACACACACACACACACACACACACACACACACACACACACACACACUGGAUCAUCCUACCAGUAAGAGGAGGCACAGACACUUGACUCAGGUGACUGAUCAGAUGUUCUGUCUUGACAGGAUGAAUUAAAAGACACAGAGAUUUUUAAGUGUAUAGUUCAGUGGUAUUAAAUACAUUUAUAAUGUUGAAUGACCAUCACCAUCAUCCAUCUCCAUAACUAUUUUCAUCUUGUAAAACUGAAACUCUAUACCCAUUAUACAACUCCCCAUUUUCCCCUCCCCCCAGCCCUUGGGAACCACUAUUCUACUUUGUUUCUAAGGUUUUGACAACUAUAAAUACCACAUAUAAGUGGAAUCAUGCAGUAUAUAUCUUUUUUGACUGGCUUAUGUCACUUAGCAUCAUGUCCUCAAGGUUUAUUCAUGUUGUAGCACUUCGCAGAAUUUCCUUCCUUUUUAAGGCUGAGUAAUACUCCAUUGUAUGUAUAUACCACAUUUUGCUUAUCCAUUCUUCUGUUCGUGGUCACUUGGAUUGCUUCCAUGUCUUAGCUGCCAUGAAUAAUGCUACUAUAAAUAUAGGUGGUACAAAUAUCUCUUCAAGACCCUGCUUUUGAUUCUUUUGGGUAUAUAGGCAAAAGUAGAUUUGCUAGGCCAUGUGGUAAUUCUAUUUUUAAGGUUUUGAGGAAGUAUCAUUCUCUCUAACACAGCAGCUAUAUUAUUUUACAUCCCCAUCAAUGAUGUAGAAGACGCCCAAUUUCUCCACACCCUUGUCAACACUCGUUUCUGUUUUUUGAUAGUAGCAUGUAAUAAUAGGUGUGAGGUGAUACCUCGUUUUAGUUUUGAUUUGCAUUUCCCUACUGAUUAGUGAUGCUAAGUAUCUUUUCUUGUGCUUAUUAGUCAUUUGUGUAUCUUCUGUGGAGAAAUGUCUAGUCAAGUCCUUUGUCAAUUUUUUAAUUGUGGUGUUUGGUUUUUGUUGUUGUUGAGUUUUAGGAGUUUUCUAUAUAUUUAUAUUAAUCCCUUAUCAGAUAUAGGAUUUGCAAAUAUUUUACUCUAUGAGUUGCCUUUUUAUUUACUGAUAUUGUCUUUCAAUGUACAAAACUUUUCAGUUUUCAUGAAGUUCAGUGUGUCUAGUUUUCCUUUUGUUAUCUGUGCCAUUGGUGUCAUAUCCAAAAAAAUCAAUGCCAAGUCCAAUGUUGUAAAGGUUUUGUCCUGUUUUUUCCUAAGAGUUUUAUUGUUUCAUGUCUUACAUUUAGGUCUUUGAUCCAUUUUGAUGAUUGUAUGUGAUGUUAGGUAGGGGUCCAACUUCAUUCUUUCGUAUGCGGAUAUCCAGUUUUCCCAGCACCAUUUGUUAAAAAGACUGUCCUUUCCCCAUUGAGUGGUCUCGGAAUUCUUGUCUAAAAUAAUUUGACCAUACAUGUGAGGGCUUAUUUCUGGGCUGUCUAUUCUAUUCCAUUGGUCAGCAUGUCUGUUUUAUGCCAGUACCACACUGUUUUUAUUACUUUCACUUGGUAGUAAGUUUUAAAAUCAGAACGUGUUGAAUCCUCCAAUUUUGUUCUUCUUUGUCAAGAUCAUUUUGGCUAUUCAGAGUCCCUUGAGAUCAUGUGAAUUUAGCAUGGGUUCUAUUUCUGCAGAAAAGGUCAUUGGGAUUUUGAUAGUGAUUGCAUUGAAUCUGUAGAUUGGUUUAAGUGAUAUUGACAUUUUGACUAUGUUAAGUCUUCCAAUUCAUGAAUGUGGGCUGUGUUUCCAUCUAUUUUUGUCUUUCAUUCCUUUCAGCAAUGUUUUGUAAUUU